UCCGGCCGGCUUCUGAAUGCUCUUGCGCGCGCCGGGUGGGUUUGCCUUCUGAGGCUGUAGCGUCCGCCCCUCGCUCCGCCUAGUCAGGGAUUCUAGGCCAGGGUCCGCGUGUUUAGGGUUUGCAUCCCCGGCGCGAUGCUCUUCGACAAGGUGAAGGCAUUCGUGGUGCACCUGGACGACACGAGCGCGGGCGCUAAUCCCGUGUUCAGUGGCGGCCAGGUCGUAGCCGGCCGGGUACUGCUAGAGCUGGCGGGCCCGGCGCGCGUGGGAGCCCUAAGGCUGCGCGCGCGGGGCCGCGCCCACGUGCAUUGGACCGAGUCACGCAGCUCGGGCUCCAGCACCGCGUACACGCAGAGUUACAGCGAGCGCGUGGAUGUCCUGAGCCACCAAGCCAUGCUUCUCGCGCCAGACGCGGGCGAGACCACCACACUGCCUGCUGGGCGCCACGAAUUCCCAUUCAGCUUUCAGCUGCCUCCGACACUGGUGACAUCAUUCGAGGGCAAACAUGGCAGUGUCCGAUACUGCAUCAAGGCCACCCUGCACCGGCCCUGGGUUCCUGCCCGCCGAGCCAGGAAGGUGUUUACUGUCAUUGAGCCCGUGGACAUCAACACGCCUGCCCUGCUGGCCCCUCAAGCAGGAGCUCGGGAGAAGGUUGCCCGAUCCUGGUACAGCAACCGUGGCCUGGUCUCCCUCUCAGCCAAGAUUGACCGCAAGGGCUACACGCCAGGUGAGGUAAUCCCUGUGUUCGCGGAGAUUGAUAACAGCUCCACGCGCCCAGUGCUGCCGCGAGCAGUCAUGGUCCAGACUCAGACCUUCAUGGCACGAGGCGCCCGCAAGCAGAAGCAUGCAGUGGUGGCCAGUCUCUUGGGCGAGCCUGUGGGCCCCGGGCGGCGAGCUCUGUGGCAGGGCCGGGCGCUUCGGAUCCCCCCUGUGGGCCCGUCCAUCCUGCACUGCCGCGUGCUGCAUGUGGACUACACCCUCAAGGUCUGCGUGGACAUCCCGGGCACGUCCAAGCUGCUCCUGGAGCUGCCGCUGGUCAUCGGCACUGUCCCCCUGCACCCUUUUGGCAGCCGCUCGUCCAGCGUGGGCAGCCACAGCAGUUUCUUGCUGGACUGGGGCCUGGGGGCCCUGCCAGAGCAGCUUGAGGCCCCUCCAGAGUAUUCAGAGGUGGUGGCCGAUGGGGUGGCAGGUGUCGGGCAGGGCCCCUUCGCACUACCUCAGGAGCCCAGCAUGAGCCUCGAAGGCCCCUUCUUCACCUACAUCCAAGAGUUCCGCUACCGCCCACCACCCCUGUACUCGGAGGAGGAUCCAAACCCCCCGUCGGAAGCCAUGAGGCCACGCUGCAUGACCUGCUGAGUGGGAGUGGGUACCUCGAAGGACGAGGUUACAUCGCACAUGUGCUUCCAGCCACCGUGGACAUGGGGAGUGGCCAGGUCCAGAGCAGGCCAGCCUGGCUGCACUGAAGCUGAGGAAGCCACGUCCUGGACCAGGACGGGGCUGUUCUCACACGGGACAGAGGAGAAGGGCCAGUCUGGCAUCUGACUUAUCUGGUCUUUGUACGGCAUCAAAUGCCUGGUGCAGGAUCCAAGUCACUGUUCAAACUGUGCUGACCUGUGGGCAGGGGCUGGGGUUCCCCCAGGAGCCUCCAGUCUGGGAGAGACACAGCCAGACGUAAAUACUUCCAGUCUUGUGCGACCAGAAGAGGACCUGGAAGAGUCCAGAGAGAAAGCAGAGUAGGCUUCCUGGAGGAAAGGGCAUUUUAGCUGAGGCUUUGGCCCAUGAAUAAGAGCUUAGCAGAUGGGCAAGCAAGAGGGCGGAGAAGUCGAAGAAGGUCAGAGCAGAGCUGAGUGACGUUUGGAGACUGCCCCCUUCGUCUUAGAACAGGGCCCAGAGGGCAAGUGCCUCAGCUGAGGUCACACAGCAGGGUCCAGCAAGCGAGAGGGCCCAGGAGCGAGGUGUCAGGGAAGCAGGUCAGGGGAGCUACGUGGGGCCUGUGGGUGGCAGGGGCAGCGGCUCCAGCCCAUGAAGCCUCAGAAAGCUGGAGACUCCAGCCCCGGGCUGGAGCUGCCUGGGGCUUCCCCCGCUGCUCCAGAUACAGAGCUGCAUGGCCCAGACACCCAGGUGCAGGGCAGGACAGACAAGACCUGCUACCUAACUUGCAAAUGAAAAUGUGGAGUCCUUGUUCAGGAGUGUUAAGAAUGUCAAGAUAAUGACAGCAGAGCAUUCAACCAGGCCCUGGGGACAGAGGUCACCGUGGAUUGACACAGUGGGGCCAGUGUGCUUCUGGAGACCCUGGUGCCCUGGCCUGGGUCGCAGCAUUUCUGAUAAGCCUUAAAUUGUUUUCUUUUGUACAAUUUUUUGCAAAUAAAAGUAUGGAAGAACAGACUAGGCUUAUUGGCUCAUCUUUCCCCAGCUGCGCAGGAACUGGAGUGGCUGUGACCACCAUCCCUGGAAUUCCAGGCUGAGGAGGGAUGAGGGGCCCAUUGUCCAGAAGAGAAAACUGAGGCCCAGGGACACGU